UGUCUGCAUGCAUGUUGAGCAAAUGUGUGCAUGGUGCGUCUCGUGUGUUUGUGUGAGAAAGAGAAACAGAGGCAGAGAGAGUGAACGCGGGAGGAAGAGAGAGAGAGGGAGAGAGAGGGGGAGAGAGAGAGAGGGAGAGAGAGGGAGAGUGAGAUAGAGAGGGAGAGAGAACGAGCGGACGUGUGUUAGUGAGAGCUGGGAGGAAGGAUGGCUGCUCAUGUUUGAACUGCCACAGAUGCUCAAAGGGAGAGUCAAGGCAAAAAAAAAAAAAAGACAAGAAUCAGCAGAACCAGGGAAACACACGUCUCGCGGGGGACGCAUCCUGUUCAUCAAUUGUGGGGAGGCAGAAAAGAUUUGGCAAUGCCUGCUGAAGUAAAAGAGGAGCAGAGCUCGGAGGGGCCUCCUCCACUCUCUUUGUCCCAGGAGGCUAAAGAGGCAGCGCAGGACAUUCAGUCAGCCAAUGACGAGCUGGACACGCCCACAUCCAUCGCCUCCGUGAUGACGUCCACCAAUGAGAGCUCCACAGAGACCGACACCCCGCUGCAGACGGACACCGAGGACUCCAAAGCUGUGGAGCAGGAGGUCGAACCGGCUUCCAGUGACACCCAGGAGCCUUCGGAGACGCCGCAGGAGAGCUUCCAGACGUCGGAUCUGCCCGACCUCACAUCGACUCCGGUGACUCCAGAUAACGGCGCCUGUGAACAGACUCCCACCGAGGCGAACGCCGAGCCCUGUGAGCCUGUUACGCCAACGACGACGACAACGACAACAACCACGAGCGCCGCCGCUUCAGCCGCCCCACCACCCCCGCCCAUCCAGCAGCCCGGAGAGAGCCAAGCAGUAAACCCAGACAACCAAAGCAGAGUCUAUGCCCUCCCUGAUGCCUACAGGGGCAUCGGGGGCGACUUGUGUGCAGGAUACGGAAGCCUGUCCCGCCUUUCCCUUCACGGCUACUGGCCCAACAAAAACUUCCAGCCCGGGGCUCACUACACCUUGCCCUUCCUCAGAGACAGCUACGCUGCCCCGGGCCUUGGCAGCCAGACAGAGGAGGAUGGCCUCACUGAACGGGGAGACAACAGCCCUCUGGAUAUGAAAUCUGACCACACAGCUGCCGGUUACGCUACACUGGGGGGAAUCCACCAGUUUAGACCAAUUACCACUAUGGAGCUCCUCCGGGAGCCCUCCAGAACCAGAAGCGGCUACGACGAUGCGUUCAUGGCCCAGCUGGAGGGAAAUUUGAACCCUUUCUUCCAGGCCAUGUGCCGGGCUCAGACCCUGCAGCUGCCCCACAAACGCAGCAGCAUGGUCAGCCUGGACAGCAUCCGAAGAGACCCGCGCUGGAGAGACCCCAACCUGCACGAGGUCAUCGCCAUGCUCGGCCACCCAAUGGAUCCCGUCAAGUCCAACGCCGCGGCCUACUUGCAGCACCUCUGCUACGAGAACGACCGGAUCAAGCAGGAGGUCCGCCAGCUGAACGGGGUGCCGAUCUUGGUGGAACUGUUGGACCAUCCUAAAGCCGAAGUGCACCGGAAGGCCUGUGGAGCGUUGCGCAACAUAUCCUUCGGAAAGGACCACAACAACAAGAUGGCCAUCAAGAACUGCGACGGCAUACAAGCUUUGGUCCGGCUACUGCGGAAGUCCAGCAGCAUGGAGGUCAAGGAGUUAGUCACAGGCACUCUGUGGAACCUUUCAUCACACGAGCCACUAAAGAUGAUGGUUAUCAACCAGGGACUUCAAACACUGACUGAUGAAAUCAUCAUCCCGCACUCGGGCUGGCGGAGGGACUCCACCGAUCCCUCCAAACUGCAGAGCGCCGAGUGGACCACGGUGUUUAAGAACACCUCGGGAUGUUUGAGGAAUGUCAGCUCGGACGGGGCGGAGGCCCGGCAGAGGCUGAGGGAGUGCGAGGGUCUGGUGGACGCGCUCCUUCACGCUCUUCAGUCCGCCGUGAUCAACAAGGACACAGACAAUAAGUCAGUAGAGAACUGCGUCUGCAUCCUCCGAAACCUUUCCUAUCACGUUCACAAAGAAAUACCGGGAGCCGAGAGACUUCAGGAGCCCCACGUUAAUCACAUGAUGAGAUCAGUGGGGCAUCAGAAGAAAAAGAACGAGCCUGACUGCUUCCCAGGGAAGAGACCCAAAGAGGAGUGGUUCAAUCAAGGCUUGGAGCUGCUGUACCAGCCAGAGGUGGUGAGGCUCUACCUCUCUCUUCUUACCUGCAGUCACAACCACAACACCCUGGAGGCAGCCGCAGGAGCGCUGCAGAACCUCGCUGCGGGACACUGGGCUUGGUCCAGUUACAUUCGGGCGACGGUGAGAAAAGAGAAAGGGCUGCCUAUUCUGGUGGAGCUGCUGCGCUCUGAUGUGGACAAAGUGGUGCGAGCCGUGGCUAUUGCUCUCCGCAAUCUGGCCAUGGACAAAAGGAAUAAAGACUUAAUAGGGAGCUACGCUCUGAGGGACCUUGUCAGCAAUCUGCCAUGUGGGCAGCAGCACCCGGCGAAGAAUCUCGAGGGAGAUACGGUGGUGUCUAUUUUGAACACAAUUCACGAGAUCAUCACAGAUAACCCGGAGAACGCCCGGGUGCUCAUUCAAGGUCACGCUGUGCAGAAACUGGUGGCCAUCAAUAAAUCCAGCCAAUCGGCACGGGAGACCAAGGCAGCUUCCCAUGUGCUUCAGACAAUAUGGGCCUACAAGGACCUGAGAAACACUCUGAUGAAGGCAGGCUGGACCAAGAGUCACUUCAAGCCCACGACGACUGGAACGAGUAAAAAAUCCAAGAGCGGAAAGCAAGGCAGUGAUGACAUUACUCUGCCGCUCAUGGACAAGAACCAAGAUGUAUAUUCCAGUUUAGAGCCAAAUGACAGAGUCGGAGAUGGAAAGGCGCCCGUCGUUGAACGAGACGCUCUCCAGGCGAUAAGUGAGAGAAAACACUUCAUCAGAGCUGGCAGGCCUGCAGUGGGCCUCAUGGAUAACAAACCUCCACCGCUGGACUCCUGGGUGUAAACACGACAGCGCGGCCGGUCCAGCCCUGUUAAAUCCUGCAGAGACGCUUUUCCACUCGUGAAGUCCGGAUCUGUGCCAUCUGAUCGUUCUGUACAGACAAAAACACCUUCAGUUAGAAACCUGUUUCCUUCUGUUUACGGGAAAUAAUGUGCCAAACAUUUACAUGUAUUUAUUACCGAUUAUAGAGGUGAUUUGGCAAUAGAUUUUACAGAUUUAUCAUUUAGGUUGAUAUACUGUAUGUCUGAAAUUAAUGACGGAAAAAGAAACUGUCCAAAUAUGCAAACUGUGGUGAAUCAUGACUCCAAAGAAUAUUAGACAUGUACAGUUUGGAUUUUGCUCCUUACCUACUGCAUACUUCUAGUUCGUCAAGUUACUGAGGCCUGAAAUGACACUUGGACUUGUUGUUGACCUCCUCCAUGAGAUUUUCUUGAAAGACUCUACA